AUGAAGGUGGCGGUGGUCGGAACAGGGAUCAACGGUCUGGUUUCGGCUUAUGUUCUAUCAAAAUCUGGAGUAGAAGUUGUGUUGUUUGAGAAGGAAGAUUGUAAGAUUGUAAGCUUGGAUAAUGGCUUUGAUUUGGAGCUCAGCUCCAUGGUCUUCAAUCCAGUCACAUAUCCAAACAUUAUGGAGUUUUUAGAGAGCUUUGGAGUUGAAAUGGAAGCUUCAAAUAUGUCAGACAAUGGAGGAGGCUAUGAAUGGGGUACUCAAAAUGGUAUUCGAAGCCUAUUUGCACAAAAGAAGAAUACUCUCAAUCCAUAUUUCUGGCGGAUGAUUCGAGAAAUAACCAAAUUUAAGGAUGAAGUUAAGGAAUAUCUUGAAGUUAUGGAAAACAAUCGUGGAAUUCAUCUAGAUCAAACGUUGGGACAAUUUCUCGAGUCGAGGGAGUAUUCCGAAUUGUUUCAUACGGCUUAUCUCGCUCCAAUGUGCAGUUCAAUUUGGUGUCACCCCAUAGAAAAAGUUCUCAACUUUUCAGCUAUCUCAGUUCUUUCAUUUCUUCAAAAUCAUCAUCUGCUUCAGCUAUUUGGACAUCCACAAUGGCUUACCAUUAAACGGAGUUCAGAAUCAUAUCUAAACAAGAUUCAAAAGGCUCUUGAGAUUCAAGGAUGUCAAAUAAGAACUUCCUCUAAAAUUCAUUCAAUCUCAUCAACCAUGAAAGGGUGCAUUAUAAGCUACGAGGCCGAUUCUCAAGAAAUAUUUGAUCAAUGCGUGCUAGCAAUUCCUGCCGCUGAUACUCUAAAACUAUUAGGGAAUCAAGCAACCCCAGAAGAAGUAAGAGUACUUGGAGCCUUUCAAUACGUUUAUAGUGAUAUCUUCCUUCAUCGUGACAAAAAUUUGAUGCCCCAAAAUCAAGCUGCAUGGAGUUCAUGGAACUUUCUUCAAAAUACAGAUAAUAAAGCUUGUUUGACAUAUUGGCUCAAUGUACUUCAGAAUCUUGGGCAAACGAGUCCUCCCUUCUUUGUAACUAUUAAUCCAGAAGAAGAGCCAAAACAUGUCUUGUUUAAGUCCUCAAUUGGUCGCCUAAUUCCAUCGGUUGCUGCAUCAAAAGCUUUAAAUGAGCUUGAUAGCAUUCAAGGGAAGAGAAAAUUGUGGUUUUGUGGAGCAUAUCUAGGUUAUGGCUGCCAUGAAGAUGGGUUUAAGGCUAGCAGCCUGAUAGCACAACAUAUGGUUGGUAAAAGUUAUACUCUUUUGAGCAAUCCAAACCAUAUGGUGCCUUCUUUGCUACAAACUGGAGCUCGUCGUCUAGUCACUACAUUUCUUGCUCGUUAUAUAUCUAUCGGAUCAUUAACUAUAAUGGAGGAAGGUGGUAGAAUAUUUACCAUUAAAGGAAUUGAUGAUAAAUUCCUUCCCAAGGUUGUUUUGAGAGUUCAUAACCCCCAAUUUUACUGGAAGAUUAUGACACGAGCUGAUGUAGGCUUGGCUGAUUCAUAUAUCGAUGGAGAUUUUUCUUUUGUCGAUAAAAAUGAAGGUCUUCUUAAUCUUGUUUUGAUAUUCAUAAUCAAUAGAGAUGCAAACUCAUCGGUUACAACUAUAAAGAAGAAAAGGGGAUGGUGGACGCCUCCAUUACUCACAGCUAGUAUUGCAUAUGCAAAGUACUUCUUCCAACAUUCUUUAAGACAAAACACUAUUACACAAGCUCGUAGGAACAUCUCUCGACAUUAUGAUCUAAGCAAUGAACUCUUUUCUCUCUUCUUGGAUCACACAAUGACAUACUCAUGCGCUAUCUUUAAGAGGGAGGAUGAAGAUUUAAGUGUUGCUCAACUUAGAAAAAUUUCAAUUCUUAUAGAGAAGGCAAGAAUUAAUAAGAAUCAUCACAUCCUAGAAAUUGGGUGUGGUUGGGGAAGCCUUGCUAUUGAAGCUGUGAAACAAACUGGAUGUCGUUACACUGGCAUUACUUUGUCUGAAGAACAAUUCAAAUAUGCUGAGAAGAAAGUCAAAGAUCUGGGUCUUCAGGAUCAGAUCAAGUUUCUUUUUUGCGACUAUCGGGAAUUGCCAAAUAAUAUCAAAUACGAUAGCAUUAUAUCAUGCGGGAUGAUAGAAUCUGUUGGUCAUGAGUUUAUGGAAGAUUUCUUUGGUUCAUGUGAAUCAGUAUUAGCAGAGAAUGGUCUUCUCGUUCUACAGUUUAUAUCAAUACCGGAUGAGCGUUACGAGGAGCAUCGACUGAGUUCCGACUUUAUGAAGGAAUAUAUAUUUCCAGGAGGAUGUCUACCAUCAAUAAGUAGGCUAACGACAGCCAUGGCUAAAGCAUCCAGGCUUUGCGUGGAACAUGUGGAAAACAUUGGUAUUCAUUACUAUAAGACAUUGAGGUGUUGGAAGAAGAAUUUCAUAGAGAAUAAGAGCAAGAUUCUUGAACUCGGUUUUGAUGAACGUUUCAUACGAACUUGGGAAUACUAUUUUGAUUAUUGUGCUGCGGGCUUUAAAUCUCGGUGUAUGAGAGAUUAUCAGAUCGUGUUUUCAAGACCGGGUAAUGUUACAACUUUCACCAAUCCAUAUCAAGGAGUACCUUCAGCAAAUUGAGUUUGGUUUUACUUUUUUACUUUGGCUACUGUUAUUUGAAAUAAUUUGGUUGGAUUUGGCACA